AUGGCCGCCGUAAAGACCCAGGAGAUGGAAUACUCCAUCAAGCCCGAGGCGGUUAGCACCGCUAUUUCCACUGCGGACUGGCCCCUCCUCCUCAAGAACUACAACAACCUGCUUGUUCGCACCGGCCACUUCACCCCAAUCCCUGCCGGUGCUUCUCCUCUGAACCGUGAUCUCAAGUCUUACAUUAGCUCCGGUGUCAUUAACCUCGACAAGCCCUCCAACCCUUCCAGUCACGAGGUUGUGGCUUGGAUGAAGCGAAUCCUCAGAUGCGAGAAGACUGGUCACAGUGGUACUCUCGAUCCCAAGGUCACUGGUUGCUUGAUUGUCUGCAUUGACCGUGCUACCCGCUUGGUCAAGUCCCAGCAGGGUGCUGGUAAGGAAUAUGUCUGCGUUAUCCGUCUGCACGACAAGGUUCCCGGUGGUGAGGCUCAGUUCCGCCGCGCUCUCGAGACCCUCACUGGUGCUCUAUUCCAGCGUCCUCCCUUGAUCUCUGCUGUCAAGCGUCAGCUCCGUAUUCGUACCAUCCACGAGAGCAAGCUGUAUGAGUUUGACAACGACCGUCACCUUGGUGUCUUCUGGGUCAGCUGUGAGGCUGGUACCUACAUCCGUACCCUCUGUGUCCACUUGGGUCUCCUUCUUGGUGUUGGUGCCCACAUGCAGGAGCUGCGUCGUGUGCGCUCUGGAGCUAUGGGCGAGUCUAGCGGCAUGGUUACCUUGCAUGAUGUCCUCGAUGCCCAGUGGAUCUACGACAACCAGCGCGAUGAAUCUUACCUGCGCAAGGUCAUCAGCCCCCUCGAGAGCCUGCUCACCUCAUACAAACGUAUUGUCGUCAAGGAUAGCGCUGUCAAUGCCGUCUGCUACGGUGCAAAGCUGAUGAUUCCUGGUCUUUUGCGUUUCGAGGCUGGCAUUGAGGUCGAUGAGGAGGUUGUCCUCAUGACCACCAAGGGUGAGGCUAUUGCCAUUGGUAUUGCCCAAAUGUCUACCGUCGAGCUCUCCACUUGCGACCACGGUGUCGUCGCUAAAGUCAAGCGUUGCAUUAUGGAGCGUGAUCUGUACCCCCGCCGCUGGGGAUUGGGACCUGUUGCUCUGGAGAAGAAGAAGCUCAAGUCUGCUGGCAAGUUGGAUAAAUACGGUCGUGCCAACGAGGCCACUCCUGCCCAGUGGAAGAGUGAGUACAAGGACUUCAACGCUCCUCUUGAUGGCUCUGAGCCUGCUCCUGCCCCGGCCAAGGUCGAGGAGGCCAAGGAGGAGCCCGCCAAGGCUGAGGCCGAGGAUGAUGAAGACGACAAGAAGAAGCGCAAGCGUAGCCACGAGGGUGAGACCGCCGAGGAGAAGGCUGAGCGCAAGCGCAAGAAGAAGGAGAAGAAGGAGAAGAAGGAGCGCCGAAAGUCCAAGCAGGAGUCUGACAGCGAGGAAAGCGACUAA